GUCUCAUGGAAAAUGUUUGGCCAUCUCCAUUAUCCAUCUAUAAUACUGCGAUAUAUUAUAAUAUUUAUAAAGAUACAAUACUUCAAACUUUCACACCUUCGGAAAUAAAAAUCGACAUCAUGGGUUUGGACGAACUUGAGAAGAAGGUCGCUGACCACUACAACAAGGGCCACCCUCAAGGACAGGCUCAACAGGCGCAGCAACCCGCACCACCGCCUCAGCCUCAGCAGCAACCCCCACACGAGGAUAAACACCACGCUGGGGACAUUGCCAAACGUCUCGGUAACGCCACAGUCUUUGGUGCAGGCGCCUCAGUCGGCUCGAAUAUUGUGAACGGCAUCAUCCACUAGAGUAGGAUGUGAUCAGAGAUCUGAGUGGUCACAUUGGAGGUUAAUGAUUUGAUUGAGAAACUAUGGGGAGCAGGGCUCUAUGUAUAUUUAUGAAUUGAUUGUAAACUACACCGCAC